AUGGAUCAUACAAAAAAGUACGGGAAUCGGGGAAAAGGAAAUACCUCAUACUUGUCAGCUAAUAUUUGCAAUGAAUUUAUUAGUAUUAUGGGGAAACAAGUUCUAAUGAAGAUUGUAGAUGAACUGAAAGCAGCAAAAUAUUUUUCAAUUAGUGUAGAUUCUACACCCGACCUCUCGCAUGUUGAUCAGCUGACUGUUAUUGUUCGAUACGUGAACGACGGAAUCCCCGUUGAAAGAUUUUUACAAUUCUUGCCUAUAAAGGAACAUAAAGCUGAAUAUUUGGCGGAGACACUUUUGAAAUUUUUGGGAAAUUACGGUAUUUCAAUAAAGGAUUGUCGAGGACAGAGCUAUGAUAAUGCGGCAAAUAUGGCUGGAAAGUACUCGGGUUUACAAGCAAAAAUCAAGGAGAAAUGCAAAUUUGCUAUUUUCGUACCAUGUGCGGCACAUUCUCUUAACUUGGUGGUAACGAGCUUUUUUCAGUUAGUACAAAAAUUGUACAAUUUCUUUUCGAGUUCUACCCAUCGUUGGAGUAUACUGACUGAAUGUCUGGGUUCGAAUAAAGUUAUAAAGUACCUUUCUGAAACUAGAUGGUCCGCACGUGCUGACGCUGUAAGUGCUUUGCAUCGGGGUUACAAGCAAAUUUUGAUAGCUUUAAUAUCAAUUGCUAGAGAUACCGACCAAGCAGGAGAAACCAGAAACGAAGCUCUUAGUCUGGCCAGAAAAAUGGAAAAACUGGAAACUAUUGUUCUAACAGAGAUAUGGAGUAACAUAUUGGAAAGGAUAAACAAAACAAGUGUGAGCCUUCAGAAAGACACUCUAACAAUGGACGUUGCGACAAAAUUGUUUGCUUCCCUUGCUGAUUUUAUUGGUAAUAUUAGAAAUAAUUUUGAUCAGUACGAAUCCUCUGUUAAAGAAAAUUUUCCAGCCGCUGACUACAAGGACCGCUCUCAGAGAACAAGAACUAGAAGCUCGCGCAUUUCAUUUUAUGACGGAUCGGCGGAAACUAUUCAAAUAACUGGUAAAGAAAAAUUUCAAACAGAAACGUUUCUUCCAAUGAUUGAUACCUUGAUCACCCACCUGAAGCAACGAUAAAAUUCGUACAAAGAAAUCAAUCAACGAUUUGGUUUUCUUUCUUGCUUAAAAGCUAUUGAAUCAGACGAGUUGAAAAAUAGUUGUUGUAGGAUAAUCAUUUACACGUACUCACACACACAUGAACGAAUAUGCAUUAGUAUUAGGGUAGGACCCGCUACUGUAUCGUAGACUCGCGGCCCGCUCCUCACUGCUCAGUCAGUCGCGUCCAGUCUCUAUGAGCGUAUGCAUCGCAGCACAGUUAUACCCAUUAUACGAAUAAAUAAAUGUAUAGUAGUACCGCCGUACUUCUGGUGUUAUCAUUCAUUUACUCGCCCUAUCCACUCAGUUCAAUAUUACCUCAAUCUCACAUUAUAAACAAUAAUAGUUGCAAAGAAUUUGCUGAAAUGUACCACGACGAUGUUAACGCCGAAGAAUUAGAGUCGGAAUGUCUUCAUUUAGCGCAAUAUUUAAAGAACGUUGGACGCAGUGAACAUGAAGUAAUAGGUAUUUCAGAAUUAUAUUAUCUCCUGCGAACGGACAAGAUUGAAGACACUUUUCCUAAUGUUGGAAUAUCGUUGAGGAUUUUCUUGUCAUUGAUGAUAACAAACUGUAGCGGUGAACGUUCCUUUUCUAGGUUGAACCGAAUUAAAAACGAACUUAGGAGCACUAUGCUUCAAGAAAGAUUGAAUAGCUUGUCAUUGAUGAGUAUCGAAAGUGACAUUCUCAAUGAAAUUGACUUUGAGGAAGUAAUUGAUGAUUUUGCACAUCAAAAAUCAAGAAAAAAGCCACUAGUGUCAAUGUAGACUUUAUUCAGUUUUUUGUUUUGG